GUAGCCCAUAUACCACAGGCAGCAUACUCAGUCACACAGUGCAGGGAGUAGCCCAUAUACCACAGGCAGCAUGUGCGACAUGGGCGGGCUGGACAACUUGGUGGCCAACACAGCCUAUCUGAAGGCCCAGGAAGGAGAUGAGAAGGAGAUGAAAAAGCGAAGGCGCAGCCUGUCACUGCCCAAGCUAGAGCAGAGCAGUUCCAUCCGCAAGUCAAUAGAGAAGGACUUUGAGUCGCUCUGUGAGAAACAACCAUUGGGUAAGACAUUCUUCCAUCAGUUUCUCCUGGCCUCCAAGCCCGAGUAUGUGGCAGCAGCAGAGUUUCUGGAUGAGCUUCAGGACUGGGAACUGGCAGUGGGGGGAGCCAAAGACAAGAAUCGUCAGAACAUCAUCAACAAGUUCUGUAAGGCUGACUCCAAAAGCUUCCUUUCCUAUCUGACCAGGGAUGUGGCCGAGAAGUGUACGGCUGUUUCAGACAAGGACUUUGAGGAAGUCAUGGUGGAUAAGGUGAGAGAUACCACACGGGAGUUCCUGAAGGCAAAGCCCUUUACGGAGUACCAGACCAGUCCCUUUUUUGAAAAGUUCUUACAAUGGAAGGAGUAUGAAAAACAGAAAAUAACAGAAAAGUAUUUCUAUGAGUUCAGGACCCUAGGGAAGGGAGGCUUUGGCGAGGUGUGUGCCGUCCAGGUCAAAAACACAGGCCAGAUGUACGCCUGCAAGAAGCUGGACAAGAAGCGCUUGAAAAAGAAGAACGGACAAGGCAUGGCCCUGCUGGAGAAGCAGAUCCUGGAGAAGGUCAACAGUUUGUUCAUCGUCAACUUGGCCUACGCUUAUGAGACAGAAACUCACCUGUGCUUGGUCAUGAAUCUGAUGACUGGAGGAGACCUCAAGUACCACAUCUACAACAUGGGUGAGAAGGGCAUCCAGAUGGAGCGCGUCAUCUACUACACGGCACAGAUUACCAUGGGCAUCCUGCACCUGCAUGCCAUGCACAUAGUGUACAGAGACAUGAAGCCGGAGAAUGUGCUUCUGGACAGCUUUGGACAGUGUCGUCUGUCUGACCUGGGUCUGGCUGUAGAGCUGCCUGGAAAGAAGACCAUCUGCCAGAAGGCUGGCACCAGUGGCUAUAUGGCUCCAGAGAUUCUAAAGCAGGAGUCCUACCGCACCUCUGUGGACUGGUGGGCGCUGGGCUGUAGUAUCUAUGAGAUGGUGGCUGCCCGCCUGCCCUUCAAAGACUACAAGGAGAAGGUGCAAAUGGAGGAGGUGGCUCGCCGCACUCUGGAGGACCAGUGCAAGUACAGCCACAAACACUUUGACCCUCCAACCAAAAACAUCAUCCAUCUCUUAAUCAAGAAAAAAGUUGACGAGCGUCUUGGGUGCAGAGGUGACGACCCACGGAAGCACGAGUUCUUCAAGUCCAUCAACUUCCCCCGCCUGGAAGCAGGACUGAUCGACCCUCCUUGGGUGCCCAACCCCAACGUGGUCUACGCCAAGGACAGCACAACCAUCAGAGACUUCUCCCAAGUCAAGGGCAUUGAGUUUGAAGCCAAAGAUGAGAAAUUCUUCAGAGAGUUCAGCACAGGGGCUGUGUCUAUUCCCUGGCAACAGGAGAUGCUGGACAGCAAACUGUUUGAUGAACUGAAUGACCCAAACAGGAAGGAGUCAUCAGCCGAAUUUGACAAUGCCGAUGGGAAGAAAUCCAAAUCGUGCACACUUUUGUAA